GAUUUGUUAUUUAUGAUUGACAUGUGUGUUAUGAUUUAAACUUAUGAUAUACAUAUAUAUAGGUAUGGAUGACACAGGUACCACUAGUUCUUGUAAGAAGGAGAAACGUCGAAGGUUUUGAAAUCACCGUGAGGAACACUUCCUCAUUACAACCAUGAAGGAUGUAACUACAAGUAAUCUCAGGUGGAAGCUUGAUAAUAAUCAGUUUAGGGCAGGUUUUUACAAUGAACGUGAGAAGAAGAUCUUAAGUGCAUUUCUUGGAACUGAUCUUCGAGCCAGUCCUCACAUCGACUCGAAGAUUAAGUUGUGGAGGAAACAAUACAACACUCUUCAAGAUAUGUUAAAGAUAUGUGGUUUUGGUUGGGAUGAUGAACAAAAGAUGGUGCUUGUUGAUAGUGACGAUGUAUGGAAGAACUAUGUCAGGAGGGUGCCAGAUGCAAAAGGGAUGCGAAAUAGGCCAUUCUCGUUCUAUGAAGAUUGGCUUAUUCUAUUUGGGAAGGAUAGGGCAAUUGGUGAACUGGCUGAGGAUCUUGCUGAUGCAGUUGUAGCCAUGGAAAAGGAGGAUGUAAAUGCUACUAUAGAAGAAGGAGAGCAGUCUCCUGUUGAACAGUUUAGUAUGAACAUGGGUGAUAUGGACUACUCAAUGUCUACUGCAGGUAAUGUUCCUAACCAUACCGACUCUACUAAAACUGGGAAAAAACGGGCUCGACCUGCUGAGGGAUUCCCACUGAACUAUCAGAGAUGGCAAAAAAUCUUGGAUCAUUCAUUGAAAAUACUAAUACUACGAUAGUGGAGAUUGCUCAUAGGAUAGGAUAUUCACAUGACCUAUCCCAACAAAGGAGGUUGGUUAAUGCAGAACUUCUGAAGUUACCAAUGAGUAAUACCCAAAGAUUGAUGGCAACAUCUAUGAUGGUGAAAGAUGAAGAAAAAGUUGACUUGUUCUUCAGUUUAGAUGAGAAUGACAAGAUGGAGUGGGUUUCUUUGCUAUUGGAAGGUCAUAUUUGAAUGUGGCAUCUACUGUAUGAUGAUCUUUUUGUUUCCUACAUGACUUGUAAUAUAUUAUGUGAUGCAUAAAUAUUAUAGCUUAGGUAUUUUCUGCUGCUGCAAUACUUUAUCUGCUGCAAACCAAAGUAUGAUGGUCAUUUUGUUGAGUAAAUGUUGCUCCUGUGUUGGGCUGGUUAAGACUGGUUUUGGUAACUUGCAAUCUGUUUAUAGGUUGCUCUUAUGUUGGGCUAC